AACAAUUUUGGAAAAUUUCAGGGAAGACAUAGAGAAAGAACACGUGGAUUUACGACUCUUUACGACGGCAGUUGGUCUAGCUACGAUAUUGAUAAAGAUUUUUCAGUUGCGACCAGUAUGGAUCGAUCGAGUACCUACCUUUGUUGCAAAAGACAAAUCCAAUAUCAAAACACGGCUGCUUACUGGAAAAUCGCGUAAAAUGACGAUCAGAGGACAUCAUUUUGUAGCGCAUCAAUAUUUUACAAUAACUUACUGCAAUCAUUGUCAUCUUAUUAUAGGCGGUAUUGGUCCUCAAGGAUAUUUAUGCAGUGAUUGUUCCCUCAACGUACAUCGACAAUGUGUUCGUGUAGUAGAAGAAAAUUGUCCUGGUCCUUUAGUGCGAAAAGAAAGAGCCAAUGAUAGGAUCAGUAAAUUGAUGGAACGUAUUCGACCAGAGAGAAAACCUCCAUCAUCCCAUCAUCAUUCCCAGAACCAUACAUCGCAUCGUAAGUUUGGCUUUUAACAUUUUGCAAAUUGU